AUGAUAUUCCACAGUAAAACGCAAAGUCACUAUUAACACUAAAUUGUUGUUUGCGUACAAAUGGCACAAUCUCGUAAAGACAAAAAGUUGACUGGAGCGGACACGUUUGAAAGCUUGUCUGAGGUUUUUCGCUGCUUUAUAUGUAUGGAGAAGCUUAAUAAUGCUCGUUUGUGUCCACACUGUUCGAAGUUGUGUUGCUACAAGUGUAUAAGAAAAUGGAUCACCGAAACACGGUCCCAGUGCCCUCAUUGCCGGGCUUCGUUGCACAUUUAUGAAUUGAUUAAUUGUCGUUGGGCUGAUGAAGUUACCCAACAGUUGGAUAAUUUACAAUCCCAAGCUACUUCAUCUAGAUCUGGUAGUGGUCAAAAUGAUUUGCUGGGAGGAGCAUCAGUUAAUAAUACGUCAUCAACAUCUAGUACUGAGGUUUGUGAAUUGCACAAUGAACGCUUAUCUGUAUUUUGUACAACAUGUGGCUAUGCUAUCUGUCACCAAUGUGCAUUAUUUGAUAAUGAUCAUGAACAGCAUUCAUUUCGUCCGUUAGAUGAUGUUUAUAAUGAACAUGUAAAACAGAUAAAGAAUGAAAUGGAUCAAUUUAAACGUAGACAUUUAGAAUUAAUAUCAUUACUUCAAGAUGUUGAGAAGAAUGUACAGGCUGUAAAACAAGCCAAAGAAGAACGUGUUCGAGAAUUACGCAAUGCAGUCGAAUUAAUGGUGGCGCGUUUAGAUUCACAACUAAAAUCAAAACUAGUUACUCUAAUGAGUCAACGUAGUCAAUUAUUUCAAGAAAUUGAAUCACUUGAAAAUCUUUUACAUGAUGUUCAAUAUGCGGUAGAUGUUGCGAAACCGUCUGAAAUGGUAGAACGAUCAUCUGAAAUUUUAGCACUGCUUAGUGACGUACAUUGUAAACCUAUGGCUUCGUUUGUUAGUGCGCCUGUACCAGCUGAUUUUGUAAGUGAAAUUGUACCUCCUUAUGAAUCGAGUACAUUUACACUCCAGCCUUAUUCCAUUAUGAAACAAAGAGCUGAUCCUGUAUAUAGUCAACCAUUACAUGUAGGCGGUUUAAGCUGGCGUCUUAAAGUUUAUCCAGAUGGUAAUGGUGUUGUACGCGGUAAUUAUUUAUCGGUGUUUUUAGAAUUAUCUGCUGGAUUAUUAGAAGCAUCCAAAUAUGAAUAUCGUGUAGAAAUGGUUCAUCAACAAUCUCGUGAUCCUAGUCGCAAUAUUGUACGUGAAUUCGCUUCACAUUUUGAAGUUGGUGAAUGUUGGGGUUAUAAUCGUUUCUUCCGUUUGGACUUAUUAGUUAAUGAAGGUUACUUAAAUAGUGAAACAGACUCGAUACUACUUAAAUUCCAAGUAAGAGCGCCAACUUACUUUCAAAAGUGUCGUGAUCAAAAUUGGCAUAUCUUACAACUUGAAGCUAAUCAAGGUCAUUGUUUCGCACAGUUAGCUGAACUAAAGGAACGUUUAUCGAUUGAAGUAGCCAGACAAACAAAUAUUAUUUCUGUUGCUACUACUAAUACUGCUACUGCUGCCUCUCCCAAUACUGAUAUUUUUAAUUCAACUGUUGUUACUACAACAAGUAGUACUUCUGUUAUUUGUCUUCAGUCAACAGAUGCAUCAAAACCUUCAAGUAGUCUCUCGGAUCCCACUUCUUCUUCUGCAAUUAAUCAGUCAACAUGUAUUAUGACAACUCCGCUUCAGCUUCAGUCAUCAUUAUCAUUACCAACACAACCUAUUAAUGAAGAAUUUAUUAAUAAUUCUAAUAAUGAGUCAGAUAAGUAUGUAGCAUCUGUUCCAGAAAUGAAAAAUAAAGAUCGUAUAAACAUGGAUCGAAAUGAUUGUACAUCUCAGUGUUGUCCAAUAAACAAUGAGAAUAACACUUCUAUUAGGGAUCAUUUAACAAAUAGUGAAAAUCAUACGCAGUCACUGAGUGGUUCUAGUAAUAAUAAUAAUAAUAAUAAUAAUAAUAAUAAUAAUAAUAAUAAUAAUAAUAAUAAUAAUAAUAAUAAUAAUAAUAAUAAUUUAACUAAUGAAGCGGUCGAUGAUUGUUUAACUACGGCUAAUAUGUUGAACUCAAGAACUACCGAUGUUGACAAAGAAUACGAUGAACAGCUCAAUGAACUACAAACGAAUUCAAUUGCCCAGUUAUCUGUGGACAUUUCAGAGCCAUUAUUAAAUUUAAUUUUAACCGCAAAUCAGCAAGAACAACCUGUAAUAAACUCGUCGAUUUUAUCAAGUUUGGAUAUCAGUCAAUUAACUGUUUCAUGUAGUAAUGAGGAUAAUAAUCAUAACAACAAUAAUGUCAAUAGUGAGGAAGAUGUCUUGUUUAUUGAUUCAAGUAGAUAUUUUAAUACUAGUGAACAGUUAAUGCCUCAUGAAGAUGUUGAUAUAGAAUCUACGCAUUUCAGUGAACCGAUUUCUUAUGGUGGUGAUGAUGAAGGGGAAUAUGGUGAUGGCGACUCUGAGAACAACAAUAACAAUGAUGAAGGUGGUGUUGACGAGGUAGAAAGAAUAGAUGAUGAUGAUGAUGACGAAGUGGAUGGAGAUGAUGGUGGUGAUGUUGGUGAAGAUGAUGAUGUAGAACAAACGGAUAAUGAUGAAGAUAAUGUUGGUGAUAGACAACGAAAUUCCAUGUCGAAAUUUCACAACUAUACAAAAUCGAGUAAUGAUAUGGAUAAUAGUUUAAUUGAUGAUAAUGACGGCGAACAAAUUAGACAAACUAUACAUGAUUAUGACAUAGUAUCACAAACAUCAGAGAUUCUCUCGGAUCAUGACAGCUUGCAAUCAAGUAUUGAUUCAAAUAAAUUAUUAUUAUUAAAAACUAAAUUUAUGAAUAAACCGAAAAAUUCAUUAAAUAUUAUAGAUUCAAUUAAGGCAUUGAAAAGUCAAAAGUCAACUAAUGCUGCAACUACAACAAUUACUACUCCUAAUACUAAUAAUGGUAUUGUACCAGUGACAGAAUAUGAGUGUAAUUUUAUAACGGAUGUUGGUAGUGAUAUAAACUCAAGUUAUGAUGAUUAUGAAUAUCAUGCUAGAAAUAGAAAUACAAUUGAGGAGCUUUUAAAACUACCUGGUCUACGAUCUACCGGUUGUAGUAUUAGUAAUAAUAGCAAUACUAAUAGUAAUAACAUCAAUAAUAAACGAAAGGUAAACCAAACCUCACGUCAUCCAUUAUGGUUUAAAUUAUCUGCGAAGGAUAAAUCAAAAUUACAGUUCAGUGAGGCAUCAACGAGUCGGUUCAAUAAUGACAAUAAAUUACAAUGUAAUUUCAAAGAACAAAAACCAUUUUCUAUUAUUCAAACACAGAUGAUGGACAACACACAUAAUAAUAGCAGUAAUAAUAAUUGUAAUAGCAAUGAACUGGAUAUAGACUCUUCACCUAGAUCAAUGUUUAGUGAAAAGUUGAAUGGAUGUCAAUCCUCUUCAAAUCAUCAACCGGGAUUAGUUAGUGAAUCAAAUUGGGAAAGAAAAACCAAAGAUCCCAAUAUUUGCAGUGAGAUUACUUUAAUUCAUCCUAAGUUAUGUGCUUCAUCAUCGUCAUCCUUGUCAUCCUCACAUUCGUCAUCGUAUGGAAAAACAAUAUCAGAAAGUUAUUUAUUGAGAAAUAAAAACUUUAAAAGUUUAUCCAAUCGUCGUUUAACUGAUUUUAGUCAUCACUAUCAUCAUGAACAUUCUCAACGAUCUCACUGUAGUAAGUUAAAACACUUACCUCGAUAUCAUAAAGACAAUAUAAGACCUUUGUCAUUAGUAACAACUGAUCAAGUUCCAUCCUGUAGUAAUCAUACAUCAUCUUAUGUAUCUUCUAAAUGUAAACAAUCUAAUCAAUUAGGUGGAAAUGAUCUGCAUAAAGAACUAUUAACUAAUAGGUCUAUCCCAAUCAAUUGUAAUAAGAAUGAAAAUAGUAAUCAAUUGGGAAAAAACAACAACUGUGAUAGUUCACCAUUGUCAUCGUCUAUAACAGCAGUCAAAACAACCCUGAAAUGUUCUGAUCAUUUGCAACUGGAUAAAUUGUACCAUUUCUCAUCAAUAUGUAAUGAUCCAACUAAUCUGAUGGUGAAGACGACUACAAAAAUAAAGCCGUCAGGACAGAUUAUAAAAAAUGCAAUUCAGCAUUUAGAAAAUGAUAUUGAUGAAAAAACAAUGACAGGAGAUCGUGAUGUAAGUGAACAUGUAUUAAAUAAUCGACGUUUUUGGGAGGAUUCCAAUCUUAAGACCAAUAAUAAUGAUGACAGUAAUAAUAGUAACAAAAGCAAUAAUAAUUAUGAGAAAAAAUUGUUUAAUUCAUCAUCAUGUUCAUUAGUAAAUAACCAUGAAAAUGGAAUAUUUGUUAAUCAACCGAAACAUAUAUGCAAUUCACCACGCACUGCCACAGUAAAAUCCAAAUCUGCUAUGAGAACGAUGAACACAAUCCCUCAAAAUAAUAAAACAUGUCAUCCACUGACUAGUAAUGGAGAUUCAACAUUAAGUAAAUCUAUAUUAUCAGAUGAAGUUGAUUCUCGUGAUAUGUGCAUAAAACGGUCUGCUGAAACUAAACACAUUCAUGAUAAUUUAGAAUGUGAUAGAUUGAAUUAUGAACCAAUGUACAAUUGUAAACCAAAUUUGUGUCAUGUAUCGAUGGAACAUCAGAGUGAAGUCAUAAAUUCACUUUUAAAAUCUGAUUUGGAUACUAUGAGCUCCGGUGAAGUUGUACCAAGUCAUUCAGAUGUCAGUGCUGUUCCAUCCCAGUCAAUUGGUCUUGCAGGUAUAUUGUGCGUUAUACGCUUUCUAUCUUCACAAUUUCUGUUUACUAAUCUAAGUAUUUUAUUGAAGUAGAUUAAAGCGUUUUUAGUUCGGACCAAUGAUAAAUGCUGAAGGAGUGUGGAAUUAUUAAAGUGAAAUGAAUACAAUAUUGAUCAUUAGGUGAACAUAAUGAUACAAUUUAGCUGGGUUAUGUCUGUUCACAACACUGGAUUAUCGACUCAAGCCCACAAAUGAACUAAUAUCAACGACAAGACCACUAACCAGAAGUAUAGGUUUUCUUCACCUAGCGAAAUAACAUACUUCUACUUGAAUGACUGAACACUUCUCUCUUACUUUCCAGUGAAUUAAGACCUGAUUGGUGGUUUUAUUUCUUGCCCAUCAUAUUAGACUGUAAAAUACAACAGGAUGAUUGAGUUAUGAUUUACCAUUGAGCCGACGGGCAAUAGAUUUCACAACAAAGAAUCAAAUAUUUUAGGCAUUGAUUAUCUAACAGAAACUCAACAAAUGAUAACAGAACCAACAGAUUUAAGUUUGGCUAUGCUGUGUCAUAGAAUUAGUCGAUUACAGACUGAAGCAGAAGCUGUGGCUAAAGCAAUCUCAGCUAAUAAUCAUAACAAUAGUGCUUGUAUCAGAAAUAAACAAUCUACGAAUAAUUUACCGAUUAUCAAUCAACAGUUUGCUAGUGCAGUAGAUGAAGCACAAUCACUACGAACUGAUUCAAAUAGUCGUACAAUGAAUGAAAUACAGAUUCGUCAAUCACCGGGAAAAUCGGAUGAAGGUCUCGGUAGAUCAGUCAGUAAAAAUGAACAGCCAAGUCAAUUAGACAAUGGUGAUAAUAAUAAUAUUUAUGAUCGAGGCGAUACUUGAGUAAUGGUUGAGUGAAUUGAUAUUCGAUCUAGAUGAACAAUGACAUAUUUUGGACUUUCUUUUGACCGUGUUCAUUGCACUAUUCAUACAACAGCCGCCAAAAACAGAAUUACACCCAAAUAUAAUCAUCACUAUGAUUUAUUAUUAUGCUUCAACCUAACAUAAACCUCUUCUGACAAAUGAUUUAGCUGGAACUGUUCGCAUUCCAUUGUUCACAUUUGAUCUUCUGUUUAUGCAGUAAAUGUUCUUUGUAUAAAUGCUAUAAAAUGAGCAUUAUCACCAUUAUAGUAUUCUGAUAUGGAUAGUUGUAGGAUUCAAGUUAACUAGAUUUAUUUUGGCUUUUUCUCUCGAUCAUUUUGAUCUCAAAAAAAAAAAAACUUUUGAUAAUCAUAACUUCAAUGACCUGCGUUUAUACCUGUGCUCAGAUAAUUGUCAUCUGUUUCUUUAACCAAUUUGAAUUGUUAACUUUUGUAUAUCUAAUCCGCUAUAAUGAUUUGAGCCUAUGAUAAAAACAGGCAUGACGCAACGUACCCAGUUAAAAAAAGACUUGAGUGUAUUACUCGAUAUUAAUGACUGGAUAGGGUUUGGAAUACGAACUAUAUUCAACCGAAUCCCUACAUCAUGAAGUCACCUGUGUUUGUUAACUUCAUUCAUGUAUAUAUAUAAAAACCGAUUGCAGUCAAUCGUUCAAUCAGA